AAUCAUUUCGAGUUCAGAUUAGCAUUCAUACGAGAGAAAGCCGACCAUCGAGCGCCCAGAUAAAAUCUGCUAAAAUAAUUUGGGAAUUGAAAUGGAUGAGAUAAUCUAUUGGCUGCAGCUGAGAAUUACGUCGUCUCUGAAGCCGAAGUCGGAGGAAAUCAAAGCGCUCCUCAGCCAUUCUGAAUAUAGGACAAACAUCUCUGAAUUCUUGAAGAAUGAAGAUAUCCACAGCUUGUUUGUGUUCAGCACAUCUACAAAAGGGCCUCUUGCAGCAACUCCUACCCCACCUUCUGCUCUCCAGGGCAAAUGCGUUGUCUUUGUGAAAUCCAAAACUGCCACACAGCUGACCAUUGAAAAUAUAGCUGACAAUGUAAUUGUAUUGGACACCAGCAAAAACCCCCUUAAACACCUGGAUCUGUUGCUGCACCAGGUGUAUAUGCCUCUGCUGUGCAGGGGGGAGUCUUCAGUGGUCAGGUCUCUCAAUCUGAACGCCGCUGGGCUCCUGGGCGUGUCGCACAGAUUCAUGGGACAGCUUGAGAUGAUUAGAGGUCAUAUUAAGGGCUCUGUUGUACUUCCCAUUCCUCCUGUGAAAGUGAUGACAAAGGCAAGAGUGUCCCCAGUCAGUCAUGCUGCCUUCAUCCACCUGCUCGAGUCUACUAUCAUUGGAUGGAUCAAACAGGUUAAGGAGGUGCUGAAGCACGAUCCCAUGGCUCUGCUUGCACAUCAAGGUUCAGAAGCAGGUGUCUGUCAGGAGGAAGCACUGUGGGAGAGACGCAUACAGAACCUGCACUACCUCAAUGUUCAGCUCGACUCCGAGGCAGCCAGGGAAAUCCUCACCACCCUGGAGCAAGCUAACAGCACAUAUGUCCCUGCAUUGAAAACGAUGUGCAAAGACAUUGAUAAGGCCCUUUCUCAAGCAGAAGAAAACAUGCAGUUUCUGGGUUCAUUGUUGCGCUGGUUUGAGCUCCUGAGGUCUGCUGAUCCUUUACCGGAGAUAAUAAAAUAUAUUCCUCCUCUGAUUCACACAUUGCUCCUGGUGUGGACUCAUUCAAGAUACUACCAUCAACCGAAAGUUUUUGUCAGCCUGUUGAAUUCAAUGGCGACUGAAAUCACGAACAUAGCAGUCAGAAUCAUUGGAGACGAUGUUCUGAAGGACCCGUCAAGUUCUUUUCAUCAGCUGAAAGGUGCCCUAAAAGUGUGUGCUACAUUUCGGGGUUGUUACCUGGAUGUGAAAGCUAAGGCAGAUGAAAUCAAUACCAAGAAGGCUGAAGAAACCCUGCACAAAAUGCCAAGGAAGCCGUCCCAUUCCUUGUGGAGUGCCAAGCUCUAUGGACCGCUGUCGGCCAAGUUCACAACGCGGGGCUGGCAGUUCCCGGGCCAAGAGAGAGAGGAGGGAUUCGAGGAAUGGAUCAGCAGUCCUUGGCCGUCCCAUGGUGCACCUUGCUUUCAGAGCAUGAACUUAUUCAUGGAGAGAUGCAAUGAUGUUUUGGAGCUUGUGGAGACAAUUCAUCAUUUCCAGCUGCUGGAGACGGUGGCGGAGAUUGGGGGAGCUGGGACGGCCAGUCUGGAUGCAGUGGUGAAGGACAUACAGGAGACCUACAGGAGAGCCUUCACCAGCUUCACCAGCAAGAACAUGCACAUGCUCUCCACUUCCCAGGACCAAGCUUUCGAGAAGUCCUUCUUUGACUUCAGGAUAACCAUAAAGGAGUUGGAGCAUCAGAUUGCUGGCGUUCUCAAGGUCUGCUUCCAGCAGUGUCCCAGUAUAAAUUCUCAGCUCAGACUGCUUGAGGUGUUUCAGGGGGUCAUCAGCAGGGAGUGUGUCCAGGAACAACUGAAAGACCAAGCUGAGGGACUCCUAUACAUGCUUAUUGAGGAGGUGAACCAAGUCAAGACUUUAUAUCAGAUGAAAGACCAGACCCCACACAUGAGUGCUCACACCCCUCCCAUUGUGAAUAGGCUUCUGUGGGUGAAAGGCCUGCAGUCUAGAAUCUCUGAACCAGUGAUGAAGUUAAAGGAAGUUUUCCCUCUUGCACUGAAAGGAGACAUAGGCUGGAAACUGAGACAUUUGUACACUGAAGUCAUAGAGAAACUUGAGAGGUGUGAAAGAGUUGCAGUGGAGUCAUGGCUGACAACUGCUGAAGCUAACCUAAGUAAUGCCACAAAGAUGCCAUUAUUGGUUGUCUCCAGCCAGCAUGGAGAACUGGAACACAACCUCAAGCCGAUGGAGGUGAAUCUGGACCCUGACUUUAUUUGUCUUCUCAGUGAAGCCUCACUCCUCCACAAGGCUCCGUUUAACAUAAAACUGUCGGAACCUGUAAGGACCAUGCUGAGGAGCGUAGAUGCACAUGGACUCCGAACCCUGGCCACCAGGCUGGAGGCUGUGGUUUGUAAAUACAAUGAAAUCUUGAGGACCAUCAAUGAGUUUGAAAGAAGGCUGCUGGAAGGGAGCUUGGUGGCUGCACAGGAGCUGCUGAGGAGUGGGUUGAGCUCCUACACCUGGAGUACAGAAGAGACGGCUGACUUUGUAGAGCUCGCCACCUCCCUGGUGUGCUCACAGCUGUAUAGCGCCUUCAGCGCAGUGAGAAAUAACUGCAAUGAAAUCGGACGCCGGGCCAGCGCCUGGUCCAGGGGGUGCCUUGACGUCUUCUCCAACAGGGAGGCAAAGAGGAUUUACUCUGUACAAGAGCUGCUGCAACAACAGGAACUCCUGGAACUCAGCCUUGGGAGACAGAUUUCCAGUGAUGGCCACAGGAUCCAGAGUCUGGUCCAGGAGUCUCUGAUUGUCUUGGGGAUCAGUGAGGCCUCCCCUGCCUGGCAGGACUACAUGGAGUACAUUGACGUUCUCCUCCUCAAGGGCCUGAAACAGGUCACCCUCAGUAGCCUGGCCUCCAUGCUGAACACUGUGCUGGAGGAGAAGGCUCCGGUGCUGGGCAUCAGUGUGGAGCUGGUCGGGGGGGAGGUCGGCUUCUCCCCCCCUUUGGAGGAAAGCUCCGUGGAGAGGAGCCUGCUGGAGCACGCCCGCCACUGCAUCGACACCUUCCUGCUCAGAGCGGCCCUGCUCGCGACGCAUUGCCAGCAAGCACAGGGAAGCUAUCUUGAUUAUCUUGCUGCUGACAAAGAAGUUAUUGAAUUAACGGGGCUCAUCUUGGAAAAAGUACAGGAGGGUACUGCUGGCUGCCAGACGACUCUGGAGGUUUUAAGUCCGUAUGCAUACCUUUGGAGGAAAGAUGUGAACGAAACGUUCCAGGACUUCCUGAACGGCGUGGGCAGAGUGAAGUGUGACGGUCAGGGCUGGUUUGAUGGGUCUGGCUACCUCAUGGAAUUAAUGGAUACCCUGAGUGACAGAUCUCCAAGCAGGCAGAGCACCACUUUGAGAUCCCAGAGCACACUCUUGAUUGAAGCUGAAAGGGCCUUUCUGAUGCCUGAAGAUGUGAAGCCCAAUACAGACGUUCCGUCACUGGAGGAUUUUGAUGCCGAGAUUUCUACAUACCGGAUGGACAGGGAUGACAUAUUGCGUCUACAAAGUUCAGUUCAUGUUGGCUGGAUUAAAGUGGAUUUUCAACCAAUAAAACAGGUUUUGGCGGCCUGUGCAUUCAAAUGGAUGUGGACCUUUGCAAAAUAUCUGAUCGACAAGAUGACGGACACAUUGGAGAAUCUUGAUAUAUUUUUAAAAAGAACAGAGCCUCAGUUAGAAGGAAUCACAGGGGAAGAGAAAGAUACAGAGUUCUUUAUGAAAAUGAUGCGUCUCUUCAAUGAGGUAUCUGCUAGACAAACGGACAUGGAAGGGCAGUUUAUUGUUAUGCAGAAAGCUGUUAAAGUGUUGGAGAAAUAUGAAUUUAGGCUCCCAACAGAAAGUGAAAAACUCUUAACUGGGAUCCCAGGACGCUGGAACAACCUGAAAACCAGGGUCUCCCUGGCCAAACAGAGACUCAGCCCCAAGAUCCAACAGGAGUCAGAAAGCAUCACUAAGGACCUGGCCCAAUUUGGGGACAGACUUUACCAGCUGAAAGAGAGCAUCGAGGAAUCCGACGUGUAUAUGAGGGACUGUUCAGUGGAGACUGCUUACCAUGUCAUCAAGAGGCUGAGCAAAGAGGUGAAAACCCUCCAGACAGAGGCCAAAUACCUGAAGGAAUUGCAAGGCCUCCUAGAAGCCGUAGUAGUGGACUUCAGGAUUCUGAAUGAAUGUCGCCGCACAGUGAGAAACCUUACUCUGAUGUGGCAAGCUGUAGAAGUGAUUCGCAAGCAGCAAAGCGAGUGGAAGACGCAGCCCUGGCAAGAUAUUGACACUGUGCAGCUCGUUAGCAGCACCAGCCAGCAGCUAGAGCUAAUUAAAUCCCUGGCUCGGGAGGUACAUGGCUGGGAUGUCUACGCUGGGACCCUGGAGUCUGUUAAUGUCAUACAGUUAACAUUACCCCUGAUUGAAGACCUCCUCAAUCCAGCCAUGAGGACUCGGCACUGGAAGCAGCUGGUAAGGGUGACAGGGGGACAGCUUCUCAUCUCCCCUCAGAGCCUGAGAGGAAUGACCCUGGGAGACCUGCUGGCACUGGGGCUGCAGAAGCAUGCAGAUAACGUGAAGGCUAUAGUGGAACGGGCAUCCAAUGAUAUUGCCAUCGAAACUGGUUUGAAGAACUGUGAAGAAGUGUGGCUUAGCAGAAUAUUUGACCUCCAGCCUCACAACAGGGCGAUGUCAGCCACAAGGGAGGGUGAAGCUGGGGUAUUCAUGCUAGUGACCAACACAGAGGCCAUCUUUGAGGAACUGGAGCAUCACCAGAUGGCUUUAGACACCAUGAAGGACAGCAGUGAAGCAGGAACAUUCUUAGAUGAAGUGACAAAAUGGCAGAAGAAGCUCCAAAUUAUUGAAUCUAUUGUGCACUUAAUGCUUCAAGUUCAAGACAAGUGGGUCAAUUUGGAAGAGGUUCUUACAACCAGUAGUGUCUGUGGUGAUCUGCCCAUGGAAGCUGCAGUCUUUGCUUCUGUACAGCAGGACCUGUGCUCUCUAAUGAAAGCAGCUGAAGAAAACCCAAAUAUUCUCCAAAUCUGUAUAAGACAAGGCCUGCAGGGCAUGCUUUGCGAAAUGAAGGAGAAACUAGAAAAAUGCCAGCAUUCUCUUCUUGACUAUCUGGAGUCUAGACGGCACGCUUUUCCAAGAUUAUUCUUUUUGCCUUUACAAGAUACACUCAAGCUCAUUUGCUGUGCUUGCAAUCCAGAAGUACAACAUCACUAUCUCUAUAAAGUGUUUGAACACAUGGAAAGUCUGAUCUUUGUGAAAAAUAAUGAGAUUCAUGAAGCCAGGAGCCAAAGAAUAGUUGCAGUGAAAAGCUUUGCUGGAGAACAACUGUAUCUCACCGAGCCCUUGGAAUGCGGAGGUCUGGCCGAGCAGGGGCUGCAGCUCCUGCAGGGCAGGAUCGGAUCUGCCCUGCGGAGUCAGCUCCACGCGGCACUGGGAUAUGGACAGCGCCCCCAGAGGGAGAUCCACAGCGCGGGGGCGAGACGAGUGACUGUCAGCCGACCCCCAUCCCAGCAGCAGCAGAACGAGGACAGGGACAGUAGGAGCAGUGGCUCUCAGCGGACUGCAACUGAGAGAGGCAGAAAUGGGUCAGGCAGGGGUCAGCAGUCUGGUGUGUCCAGUGCUGAAAGGUGGCCACUGACCUCGAUUCUGGACUCUUUUAGUCAGGUUGCUCGUAUUGCCACACAAAUUAAUUUCACACGUUCCCUGGAGAGGGCUUUGACUGACUUGGCGAGUGGCCAGCGAGAAGCCUUGCAGGAAUAUCACAGCGUAUUGACAGAAUCAGUAGAAUGUGCAGCAAGAAUGCUAAAGGACAGUCAGUUUGGAUUAGUGGAAGAUGCCCAACAUGUUUUAAAUCAAGAUGUGAAAUCCCCUCAUCCUAAUAGCAAAGGCCAGAGUGAAAAUUCAGCCAUACGACUCACACCAUCUAAAAAGUCUGAAAAUUAUGAAAAUAAUGUAGAAAAAUUAAGCAUCCAUAUUCAGCUCUUGUCAUACCAGUGUGACAUUCUCAGAAGAGUGAUGGACCAAGUCAAGACAAGUGCCAGCAGUCAUGAGCUAAAGCUGCUCAACCUGCCUUUUUUCUACCAGUAUGAUGAGAACCGCAGGGAUAUCAUUGUCAAGACUGGGCAGCAUCAAUUCACCUACGGUUAUGAAUACCAGGGCUCGGUGCAGAGCAGUGUCAUGACCCCUCUGUCUGAGAGAGCCAUGUUCCACAUGUUGGCUGCUCUGGCUGUUCGAACUGGAGGCUUUUGCACAGGUCCAGAGAGAAUUGGGAAGAAGACCACGAUUAAAGAGCUGAGCCUGGUCUUGGGACGUGCACUAUAUUUCAUCUGCUGUUCAGAAGCCUUGGAUCACAAAACCCUUUCUGACGUGUGCAAGGGUGUAGCUUCGUCUGGAUGUUUAGUGUGCUUCGACUCGAUCGACAGGAUGAGGCCCAUUGUCCUCUCUGAAGCAGCACAUUUGCUUGGCCAGAUUCACGAAGGCAUGAAAGCCCUGAAAGGCUUCGUUCGCAUUCAAUUUCAGGAGAUUCCGCUUAAUUCAUUAGGUGGCUACUUUGCAACUUCAUUAAGCCAUCCUGCAGAACAAAGAGGAGAGGGAAUGUUGCCAGGCUGUGUCUCUCCAGCAGCUGCUAUUCCCCAUAGACUUCUCAAGUGUUUCCGAAUUGUCAGUAUAACAAAAUCCAGCACAGACCUCAUCGUUGAAUCUCUCUUUAAAGCAGCAGGUUUUCGGGGGGCCAGACUGCAGAGAAGGAAACUCCUGGCGCUGUUUGAGAUCUUCUCGGCAGUCUCGGCCACUGCGGCAGCUUCUUCCAAGCAUUGUGGGACUGGUGAGCAUUGUGGGACUGCCCAUGGUUUUCCCUGGACACUGUCAAGCCUGAGACAUCUGAUCUCUAAAGCAGGUGUACUUUUAUGUUCACUUCAGAUCGGGGAACAACAAGAAAGCACUGCAGGUGAACGUAUCGAUGCAUUGGAAGACAGGGCCUUGGUCAUGGCGUUGCAUCGCAGUGUGAUCCCCAGGCUGACCGGUACUGGGCUGACCCUGAUGUGUUCACUGAUGAGAACUCUGUGGCAGCCUGGAUCACUGCCUGUGCCCUGUGGGAGUCCAAGGGAUGACGGAGCUGUUUGUGAAGCAUCUCUGUCAUUAAGCAGUUCAGAGGAGACCUCUGCCGACCCUGAGCUCUGCAGUGUAAAAGUAGCUCAGACUACUGAUGAGAAGGAGGUGAUUGCAAAGGCAAUCAAACUCCGGCAGCUGUCUGCUUCUGAAGGCUUCACCUCUGUAGUCCAGCAACUGACUCAUCUUAUCCCUAGUUACCAGACUAUUGCCAUAGUAGGGCAGACGGGCUGUGGAAAGAGUGAAUCCCUUCAGACGAGCCUCCAGGUCUUCAGGGAGCUGGGAUAUCGUGUUGACCUGCGCACAAUAUUCACUCAGGCUCUGGACUCACGGCAGCUCCUAGGUCAUGUGAACAUGAAAACAGGAUGCAUGGAUGGUCUGCUUCCAGAAUUGCUGAGACUCCACUGGUGUCAGCACUGGAGUGAUUUGCAGUCACACAUCAUUCUGAAAGCCUUUCACCUAGAUGGGGAAAUUGAUGCACAACAGAUGGAAUGCAUGCAGGCAAUUCUCAGAAACAAUGGUUCAUUCAUUCUCCCACACAGUGAACAGUUCAAGCUGCCUGGUUCUGUGAAACUAUUUUGGGAGCUUGCAUCUUUAGAGAAUGUCAGUCCUGCGGUUAUCUGCUGCAUGGGGAUCCUGAACAUUCCCACCGAUACUGAAAGCUGGAAGCUGUGUCUCUCUAAAUGGCUGCUGGCUCACCCCACAACUCACAGGCAUCUCCUCCAGCAACUCACUGAAGAGUUCUUGGAUCCUGUUGUCACAUGGAUGAGGACGAACUCUUCUGCAGAUAAGGACCUUACAGCAUCCAUAUGUGCAACUAGCAUUUGUGUCGAAAACAGGGUUCAAACCUUCUGUCGCAUAUUUGAGGCUCUGGGGCUGUGGAGUGUUGAAAUACCUCCUGAAGAUGUGAAGAAGUGUUUUCUUUUUUCAUGUGUCUGGGCCUUCGGGGGCACUCUAGAGUCUGAACACAAAGCUGCAUUCGACCUUUGGUGGCGAGAACGGUUCAGAAAUAGCUGCGUUAUUCCUGAAGAACAUCAGAUCUGGGACUAUUACAUUGACACUGAGACGUGUCAGUUUGUGAGAUGGAGUGACAAUGUCCCCCCUCAGUCCUUUCCCUGUGGCCAGGGAAUUUCAUCACAGGCAUUUGUCCACACCAUUGAAAGCGAGCAACUUUUCUAUUUGACGAACCUCCUGUCAGAUGCUGGCCAUCCCGUAGUGCUUGCAGGAGAGACAGGCUGUGGAAAAAGCGCAGUUCUGAAUGAAUACAUGCAGGCCCAUUUCUCAGGGGAUGUGGUGGAAGUACUGAAGCUGAAGAUCCAUGUGAACAGGUCCACCAGCUCCAGGAUGCUCUGGGGAAGCCUCUUUGAUAAACUGGAAUGGCAGUAUGGGACACUGUACACCCCUUUUAGAAAGAAGAAGCUGAUGUGCUUUGUGGACGACCUCAAUUCGGCACAGGUUGAUGGGCACGGCAGCCAGCCAGCUUGUGAGUUGAUGCGACAGCUGCUUGACUGUGGGGGUGGCUUUGACCCAGUUUCCUUUGAGUGGAGGACAGUGAAGAACGUCGCCUUCCUGGCCACCGUCAACACGAGCUGCCCGAGCAGCCCGCGCCUGCUGAGACACUUCGCCGUCUUCCGCUGCUCCUACCCAAGUUGUGAUGAUCAAUACAGAAUUUUUAGUACUCUGUUGAAUUCCUAUUUUCUUCAGUCCUCACCCGCACUGAAGAAGGACAACUUCACCGCCUCAGCUGAUCCUGUCCACAGAGAGCUACUGUCAGCUGUCACCCUCGUUACUGUAGAAACACAAGACCGCCUGAGAACCAUGUUCCUGAGAAUAUCCCAGAGGGGCCACUACAUAUUCACUCUCAGGGACCUGGCAAAAAUAUUCAGGAACCUCUGUUUGUCUCUGAAUAUGAACGGUUCAUCUAAAGCCCUCCUCUACUUGUGGAGACAUGAGUGUGAUUGGGUGUAUGGUCACAGACUGGCCAGUUAUGUGGAUUACGCUCGCUACAAGCAGGAAUUCAAUGUAGCAGUCAAGAAAGUGUUUGCUGAUAAUGAGCAGGUCGAAUUAAUCACUAGCCCAACGCAGCCAUUGUUUAGCAAUGUCAUUAAUCUUGAAGGGGGGCUGGUCACAGCUAGCCCCACUCAAUGGCAGCUGAGAUCAGGAAAUCAAAUGAAGCUGUCAAACCAAGAUAUGAGUGGUGAUGGCUAUCGGCACAACUUUGAUGAAGACCUUGUUCGGAAAUUGCUUGAGGAAUCAGUGCAAGAGCAUAACAAGACUAAUCCCAGGAUAGCUAUUUCCUUUUACAGGAGCACAAUGGAAUUAGUGUGCCGUCUGACCCGUAACCUCCUGAGUCCACAUGAGGUUGCCCACACCCUGCUCUGCGGUGAAGGGUGUCCUGGGAUGGCUAUACCUGUGACAAAACUUGCUGCCCAUUUAUGUGGGUUUUCUAUUGUUCGGAUACACUCCUUUAGCAGGGAUGCCCAGUCCAUCGACUCCUUUAAAUCACAGCUGGUUGAUUGCUGUGUUCAAGCAGGGAUCCAGGGGAAGAAAGUGCUGUGCCUGAUGAACGAGGAGCGCUUGGAUAAGGCUACAAUGGUUUACUUCACACAUCUUGUAGUUCCUGGGUCAAUAACUCACCUGUUUUCAUCAGAGCAGCUAAGCAGCAUAAUUAACGAAGUUCGCAGUGAGGCACUGACUGAAAAUAUAAGCUCCACCAAAGAGGCUGUGUUGGAGUUUUUUGUGCAACGUGUCACUCAAAACCUCCGUUGUGUGUUAAUUUGCCCUUCCACGGGAUGCAGUUUUUCCCAGAAUUGCCAGGAGUUUCCAAUAUUUACUAAUACUGUCAAUAUUUAUUUUGUGCCACACUGGUCAAGGUCUCGCCUAGUUGAACACGCAUUGUACCAUGUUGAUCGCCUUAAGAUGUUAACGGCCCAAGAGAGAGAGAACAUCUGCCACCUACUGGCCUCCAUGCACCUGGCUGUUGGUAAGAGUGAUGGCCGUGGCAAAGGUAUGGGCAGAUUUGGCCACCUCACAAACAGCACCUACGAGAGCUUCGCCCGCACGUUUGUGAGGCUGUUCGACAGGAGGCACGCCGAGCUGGUGGCCGAACACCGACGUAUCGAGGAGACCCUCGGGAACAUCGAUGGCGUCUUGAAGGCUUCCGCAGGGCUGAGGAAGGCCAGCCAGCAGGCGGAGGUCAUUCUGGAAGAGCACAAAAAAGGAGCAAAGCAGAUACUGACCCAGAUCGGUCAGGACAGGGCCGUGGCCGAACAGCAGGUCCGGACAGUUCGUGAGCAGAUGGGAAGAAUCGAGAAGCUCCAGAGGCUUCUUCCAGAAUAUCAGCUGGCUCAUGCCAGGUCUGUCUAUAAGUGUACAGCUAUGGCAUCUGAUAUAAAGAAGCUGGUCGGAGAGAUAGACAUUGAGGCCUUAGGAGAGUUGCGUGCGAUGCAACAACCAGAUGUGGAUACGGAAGACUUGAUGGCAUCAAUAAUCGCAAUCCUGAAAUCUCCAACUGCUGAUCUGACUUGGUCAAAAGGAGCCAAGCGACAGAUGGCCAACCUGGAACGCUUCCUGGAUGAGCUCAGUACUUUCGAUGAAAUUCAACUGUCAGAGACUACCCUGGGUGUCCUGGAAAAGUAUCUGCAGAAGCCAUCCUUUACAGCAGAAAACAUGGAGAGGAAAACUGGUGGGAACAGUGCAGCCAGCUCCUUGCUAAAGUGGUUACAAGGUGCAGUCUCCUACCACAGAGUAAUGAUGUCCAAGGUCAGGCCCUUGCAGAGUAAGGUGGCUGAGAUGAGUGCUGCCCUGGAGGAGUCUGUACAGAGACUGAAGAGCCAGCAGACCAGGAAGGCUAACCUGCUGAGGCGACUGGAAGAGCUCGAGAAGGGCUUUGAAGAAGCCUCCAUUGACAAGAAUGAACAGGAGAGGAAGAGUGCUGAGAUUUCAAAGAAGCUGGCUUACCUCAGCACUGUAGAGCAGGUUCUUCAGCUUGAGCGCAGGAAAUACUCUUUGAUUUCCUGUUGCAUGGCGGAGCGACUCCAGGGUCUCCCCGGGAGCACGGCCAUGGCAGCAGGUCUCCUGUGUUACCUUGGGCCAUACGAACACCUGUUCUGUCAACUGCUGUUGAGUCUGGAGUGGCCCAGGUGCCUGAGGGAUAGGGGGCUUUCAUUCUUAAUUGACUCGUUUGACCCUGUCAAAGGGAGAGUAAUUGAUUUCUCUGUAGAAUUCUUCAAGAGAGAGGGUGAGGAGACGGAGAAGGAAACAAAUGUGAUGGCAGAUAGCAAACAAGGAGAACAGAACUGCCAAGGGUUUGCAGAAAAAGGUGGUCAGGAUGUUCAGAUGCUUCAGGAAGCUGAAGGGCCUGCUGAUGCUGGGUCUUUCUCCGCGGACCUCUCUGCACCUGUCAUUGCUUCGGAGCACUACCAUGACUUUGUUAAAGCCUUGCUGAAAAUAGUGGCUGGAGACGAGAAGAUUCACCACUGGGUUCUGAAAGACUGGACCCUUCAGCAGAUGCAGAAUGCUGUGAUUCUGCUCUGUUCUUGGCAGAGGCCCCCAUUUCUGAUGCACCCCAGCAAUGAAGCAGAAAAAUGGUUCCAAGAGCUGCAGGAGACUUCACCCCCCAUGUCAGCCACGAGUCUCAGGCUUGGUGAAGGGCCAGACGGCAGUAUCUCUCUGGCCAUUGAGAAGGCUCUCCACUCUGGUCACAGCUUGUUUAUAUAUAACUACACCCAGCUCUGGGCUAGCCUGAUUCGGCCUCUGAUUGAGCACUGCAACACGGUCACUGAGACUGAGCCUCAAAGUGACAAUUGUUCCAGCAUCGUCUGCUUGGAAGGACGCAGACUGCUCGGCUCAGACCAGUUUAAACUGUACCUUGCCACAUCUCAAGCGCAAAGACCUUUGCCUGCAGACAUCACCUCUGGAGCCACUCUUGUAAACUGCAGCGAGGACGAGGAUACAAUACGAGACUUCCUGCUUCACCGACUGUUUGCCGGAACCCAGCAGGAUCUUCAUAGGCAAUUAAAGAACGCAUCCAAGAAUGUUCACCAAGUCCAAUGUUUGCUCAAGAAACUGGAGCAAAAGUUUCAAGAGUCUUUAAAUUCCUCACCUCAAGACAUCGAAGCUGUGACUGCCAUCUUUAACAACAGAAAACAACUGUCUGAAAAGCUGGAGAGGGCUAAAUCACUUGAGUCCAGGCUCUUUGAGCUGAGAAACAAGCUGCUUCCUAUAGCCCAGCGCGGAGCACAGCUUUUCUCAGUACUGCAGGCCCUGAGGAUGCUGGCGAGGGAAUACAAGUUCCCCUUGAGCUAUUUCCUGCGCCUCUUUGACAAAGCUGUUGGAAACACUUUCACAGAAAAUAAAGAAGACGAAAAGGAGGAAAUAGAUAUAAAAGCUGAAGAUGCUCGGAAAAAUGCAUUCAAUCAAGCUAAUUCUGUAACGGACCCUGAAGUCACAGAAGCCGAUGAUUCCGAUGACAGACAGCAUGGUGGUGAUAUUCCUGGAAGAGAAGCUUUAGAAAGGAACCUCGAUGAACCAGUUAUGGACCCUCACGUCUCGAAAGAAUCUCCAUCGUCACAGUUGGGCUUUCCCAAGGACACAGCCGACAUAUCGAGGAAACACAAACCUCCAUCACCUGCAGCUGACAGCCUGAGCCUGUCCACCAAUGAAAUCAGACAGCUUGUGGAUCAGCUCACAGAAACCGUCCACCAGACGAUAAACCAGAGCCUGUAUCCCGAACAUAGCCUGGUGUUUUCCUGUAUGCUGUCUUUAUACAUCCAGAUGGAGGGUGAAGGAGCACUCAGAGAGGAAGAGGUAUCCUUUCUCUUAAAAGGCUUUCAAGAUUACGAUGGAGUUCCUCCGUCCCUGCGAGACCUUGGCUCUGAGGGGCUGCCACCUGCCUGGAUGCCAGCCGAGCAGUGGGAGUGCUUGCUGGCCCUCUCUCUUCUUCCUGGUCCUCUGGAGGGUGUCUGUGUACAGAUUGCUGAGCAUUCGACUGAGUGGGAAAGAUGGUUUAACUUGGAUUAUCCAGAACUAGAACGACUACCAUUAGAAGGAGAACCAGUGGAGAUGAACGGAGCCCCAGAGAGCCCGGAUACCUGCUCGGUCUCAGGCAUGCACAAGCUCCUGCUUCUGCGGGCUCUGCGGCCCGAUCGCCUGAUCUCCGCACUGCCUCGCUACCUCCUCCAGCACGACAGCGUCUGCACAUGGGGAGGCUCAGGCCCUCAAGCUGCUGAUGUUAAAAGUCUUGUGGAAGACUCUGUCGGAAUUCUAGUUCUUCUUCCAGCGGGCUUAUCUCCCACUAAUGGACUCUCUAAUGUGUGUUCAGUCAUGAGUGUCCAGCCUACAACUGUCAUAUGUAGUGCUGCCAAGGAAAUGGGCAUCUCUGUUUCUGUGGUGUCUACGAGGGAAGACUGCCUAAGUGGUGUUGAAAAAGCUCUGGGUGACAUGAUGGAGUGUGGGGGCUGGUUGGUUGUUGAGAAUGUACACUUGGCAUCAAUGUCCUUGCUCAAGAAAAUCCAUCACACGAUGAACCUUGCAGCCAAGCAGAGCAACAACCAGUUUAGACUGUGGCUCACUGCAGAACCUGGAGCUCCAUUUCCUGAAGACUUCCUCUCGGAAAUCCACAAGGUCUCAUGGCAUGCACUGAUGACUCACUGCUUGAUGGGGAGUGAUUUAUUUCAUGGUCUUCGGGGUGAACUGCUGCCAAUGGCAGUAGUGCUGGCUCUGGAGCAAGUCCAUGAGAAGGUGUGGAAAAGGGUGCUUGACCUCCCAGCGGAAUGUCGCGGCCUCUGCUUCGGUACCGGUGUUCUUCAUGGCCUGAUAGUCGGGUCUCAGUUUAUUCCUGGAUCUGGGCUGAGCCAGGUGUAUCCACUGAACGACACACAGCUGCUGCAGGCUAUGGAUGCAGUAAUCAGCAGCUAUGGAGAAGGUGGAGUUAUCAGCAACUCUUUCAUCCAAGUUCUCAUUGAUAAGAUCACUGAAAUCUAUUUGAACACAGUCACUGUCUCUGAAGAUGCCCUGUACAUUGAAGCGUUAGCUCAGGAAGUGUUACUGCAGUGUACUCAACCACAUGGAAAAAUUGCAAUUGGUGAGUUUGUAGUUCCUAUUCCAGCAGCAAACAUUGAGCCUGUUCAGUACUCCCUCUGGCUGUGUAGACAUCUGUCUGAAUUUGACUCCUGCCCUGGGCUAGCACUGCACAAGAGCACUCAAAAGCUGCAAAAUCAAUCAAGGGUUGCUGGAUUGCUGCACAAUUUAUCUGAGGUUUAUGAGGUCUUGCAGUGUGGUCUGCCAUCAGCGGACCAUGAAGACUCCAUAGCUCCCCUGGGGGUCUCAGCACUAAGCCUUUCUCUGGAUCUCGUGUUGGAACAACUCCCUGGCCUCCUGGAGGUGGACAAUGGCCCAUUGCCUUGGUCUUUAGUAUCCAGUUUGGCCAAGGCUGAAGAUAGCGCUGUGGUGAAAACAGUGGGGUAUGCUUUGCUGGAGGAGUGCUUAUGGAUGAACCGUCUGCUGUGUCACAUCAGACAGCAGGUCACUGAGCUCUUCAGCUGCACGCUGAGAGUGGGCUGUGCCUUCCCCCCUCAUCUUGCUGAGGUUUCACAAGCACUGGAGAAGGGGAGAGCACCACAGCCCUGGAUCCCUCCUAACUAUCAGCCAAGCGUCACAUCUCUUCAGACGUGGCUGGAAGAUUUAAAGAAGAAACACAGUCAGUUAAAACAGUGGGUGGAAGAGAGUGGAAGAACCAAAGCACAGGGCUCAGUCAGUAAUGAAGUCACCUCAGUGUGGCUUGGAGCCCUGGUCAAUCCAGCUGCCCUGAUCCUGGCCCUGAGGCAUGAAUAUGCAAUAGCCAACAUGUGUUUACUAGAUGAGACUGCAGUUUGCUGUAAUGUCUCCAGAAGCCGAGAACCGUCGGACCAGUAUGACAUACAGCCACAUUGUUUGACUCUGGAGGGACUUUGUCUUCAGGGAGCAUCUUGGGACUUCAGUAACAAUGCUCUUGUAGAGUCAAGUGAAGAGUUUGUACACCUUCCCUACGUCACUGUCAGGCCAAUCCUGCAUAAAGCUGCUGUAUGUGAAGGAGACAGAGCUGACCUCUUUGAGUGCCCUGUUUAUAUGACCCCUGCUAGAAAGAGUUGCCUUCUGAAGCUGCCUCUUCGAAGCACCAAGCCUGCUCAGUACUGGCGUCUAAAAAAAGCGGCAGUCAUUCUGGAUUGUAAGACUUCUCCAUACGUCUCACCCUCGGCUCGGCUCCAAUGGGCUGCCAGAAGAAGCCAGAAAAGACUUUCAUCUCUUUCACCUCUGCCUUCAUUGAGGAACAUCCCUGCCCGGAUUUAUAAAACUUCAAAUCCAAGCAGGAUAUCCAGUCAGCUGGCAGAAAUUGGUGGUAUCCAUUCACUGUCACAAGAAGAACACUUAGAAACCUUUGAAGAAUAUGUUUCUGAAGAGUUGGCUUCUCAUAAACCAAAAACCUCCGAAAACUACACGCAGCAUUCUUCAGCUGACCCCAAGACAUUCUUGGAUGGGACAGAUAACGAAAGUCCAGACGAGACGUCCAGGGUGGAAGCAGGGAGCUUGGGUCAUAGGUCACUGUGCGAAGAAAAUGGACAAGCACCGUCAACCCCGAAAGGAGUUGAGCCUGUGGAUGUGAAGGCUUCAUCAAGGCAGUUACCUGAUGGAAAUUCAGCAACUGACACGGACUCCCUAACAGCUGAGGAACCAAAUUUGCAUUUAGAUUCAGGCUGUUAGGAGCACACGGAUGAAGAGAUGACCCAGGAGAUGGAUGGUGCUCUCAAAACAGAGUACAUCCUAUGUGGGGUGAGUAACAGUGGAGAAUUGUAAGCAGUCAUGUGGAAGAAAAUGCCAUCUACUGAGCCUUAUUUUAACAUGAUGGAAAAAUAAUGCAGAUACUGUGAGCCUGACUCAAUUGCUGUAUUGGUUUCUAAUUGUCCAAAAUUGUUUGUUUUUGCUGUAUUCCUUCAAAUAAAUCUAAAGCCUACCUGUUACUGUUUAAGUCCGGUGGAUGAUUUACUGUACAGGAUCCUUAAUUAAAUUAUUAAGUUAUGUCUCUACAUCAACCGUUUUUGUACAGAUAGUUCAGUGAUUUUUUUUAUGCCUGUCUUUCUGUAAAAGAAUGCUGUUAAAAUUUAGUCAGAUUUGAGUUAGUGACAGAAGGUGGCAAAAGGCCAUUAUUUCAUCAGACUACAAAAGAUUCAUGCCACCCGUCAUCAUUAUACUCACUCGCUGAUGCAGGCUAAAGCUGAUAUAAAGAUAUAUGACCACUCUCUGUAAAGUAAUGGCACUAACUUGAGUUAUGUUCUAAUAAAACAUUCUUGGAGCAAACUGACAAUUCUAGUCAAAGAAAUAUUUGUGGCUGUACAAUAUGUUUGCUGUUUACUCUUUAACGUAAAGUACAUUUAACAGAAGAUAGUGCUUCGCCUAUAUAGCUUGAACCUGUUUAAGAAACAGUAGAAUUGCCUGUUAUUAGAAUAAUGUUUGUUUUCCCCUGGAAUAUGUUAAUAAAUAUUAGCUUUGGACUUCAAAUGAGUUUGUGCACCUAAAAAUGUUUUGUUUGCAUAAUUUCUUCUAAUAAUGUUAUGUACUACACCAAAUUCCUUAUGUGGUGACGAUGGGGUUGAUGGUAGCCAAUAUAUUCUCUGCAAAAGCAUUUACAUUGCUUACUAAUAAUAAGGGGAGAAUCCUGCAGCCAGUACUAU